ACUUCAUCACGUGUUGUUAUCUGGCCGGUUCGCGCACUUUGACAGCAGGGAGAAAAUUAAAAAUAAAAACGCACGCGUUGCCUUCGAACGGUUCCCGAGUACUACGGACUUGGAAUUAGGAAAAACGCGCGCCGGAUCGCCAUCGCCAGUCCGCCACCGCGCAGCGGACCGAGCGCACGCAGCCGACUGCAUUUCUCUCUUUUUUGAAAUUAUAUUCUUCAAGUUUUGUGGCGGUUAUUUUAAAUUAAAAAGAAAAACGUGUUGUGUAAUUUAUUUCGAAACAACGGUGCCUUCACACCGCAUAAUAGAGCACAAAGGAUUUUGUUUCCACGUUCGAUGAUGAAGGGAAUGUGAAUAUCAAGUAAAGAUAUCGCUACUUUAUUUUUGAGAAAAUCAAAAAAUAUAGCAGCUCAGGAAAAUGUCUAACGCUGUGGAAAACGGUCUGCACGUGAACGAUGAAACUCGAGGAACAACGUAUUUUUUUUCCAGAAGUAGAACCAGUGCGACGGCAUGGCAACGGAUAAGCUUAUUCCUGUCCAUUUACUGGAAGUCUAUAAUCGUGGUUUUGACACCGCUUAUUCUUCUACCGAUACCCAUUUUAAACAAAGACCCGGCCUACAGAUGUAUGUUCAUCGUGAUAAUAAUGGCGGUGUACUGGGUGCUAGAGUUACUCCCACUGCCCGUAACAUCAAUGUUGCCUAUCGUUUUGUUCCCUACGAUGGGAAUCCUGGAUUCCGACAAGACUUGCGCGGCUUACAUGAAGGAGACCAACAUGAUGUUCAUGGGUGGUUUGAUGAUAGCCGCUGGUGUGCAGCACUCGAAGCUGCCGAAGAGAGUGGCCUUGUGGACCGUGCAAGUCGUCGGUUGUUCACAUAGAAGAUUGAACUUCGGUCUGACGUUCGUGACUAUGUUCAUAUCGAUGUGGGUGUCAAACGCCGCCGCCACCACCAUGAUGGUGCCAAUCGUCGAGGCCAUAUUGGAAGUAUUGGAGCAGCAAGGGCUUGGCGACGUUUACAUCAACAGGAAGAAGAACGCACUACCCGAGAAUGGAAAAGAGGUUAAGCCCAAAGAAGCUGCGGAAGAAUCCCCACCCAUUCCUAGCGACAUAACUGUGUGCUACUACUUGAGUAUCGCGUACGCUUCCACGUUGGGCGGAUCCGGUACUCUCGUCGGAACGGCUACCAAUUCGGCGUUCAAAGGCAUUUUCGAUUCCGAGUUCCCGGAAUACGGUCCUUCCGUGAACUUCUUCUGGUUUAUGGCGUACAGUGCUCCACCUAUGAUAUUGAUGCAGCUGUUGGUGUGGGUGGCGUUACAGAUAACGUUCAUGGGCUUGUUUAGGCCGAACAGUGAAGCAGCUAAGAAAGUGGCGCUCGCAUCAUCAGGAUCAGACACAACCAUGAAGGUCAUCAAGGAGCAAUACAGGAACCUAGGACCCACCACCUUCCACGAGAAGUCGUCCGGCCUGCUGUUUAUUUUGGCUGUGUUCCUGUACAUCUUCAGGAAGCCUGGAUUCAUGAACGGAUGGGCUGACGUCAUGACCUCCAUGAAAGUGAAGGACGGCGUGACUUCCAUGUUCAUAGUGGUGCUCAUGUUCAUCAUACCGAUGUCUAUGGACUUCGUCAAGUUCUUCAAGUCAUCUAGCUCAUACGAGGAGUUAGCGGCGUCCAAGCCUUCUACUGGCAUUGUUACCUGGGGUAUACUGAAGGACAAGGUGCCAUGGGGUCUUCUGUUCUUGUUGGGCGGAGGCUUCGCCCUAGCUGAAGGCAGUAAAGCCACUGGCUUAUCUCGUCGCAUCGGGUCUUCGUUAGAAGGCCUACGAGGUCUCCCGCAUCCCGUGGUACUGCUGGUAGUAGUGUUGGUGACGCAGUUCAUCACAGAGUUCACUUCCAACGUGGCCAUAGCCAAUCUGAUCCUGCCAGUAUUAGCCAACAUGUCUCGCACGCUACACAUUGACCCACGUUACCUCAUGGUGCCGGCGACACUAGCCUGCUCUAUGGCAUUCCACAUGCCCGUAGGAACUCCACCCAACGCCAUCGUCGCCGGAGUCGCGAAUAUACCCACCGCUAGAAUGGCUGUCGGCGGCAUCGGACCUAAAAUCAUAACCACACUAUUAGUUUGGGGAGCUUACCCAACAUGGGGUUCUUUCAUAUUCAAACCUCUAGAGGCAGACAUAGCUGGCAACACAACCGCUUCGGUAUUACAACGCAACUUAACACUUAGCUGCGGCGUAGCUUUAGAAAACUUGAAAAACAGCGGCCGAUUCCAAUGCGGCGUUUCGAAUAGUUUAGCUAAUAGUACGGCGUUAGUAGAAAUAGCUAAAGGAAUGUUCUCCUGUGAUUACAUUAAGAGGCGUUAGAUAAAUUACUGUAGCUACAGCGCGUGGAUAAAAUACUAAGUCUUCCAACCGAUUGGAAAUGAUAUGGAAUUACUCUCUAACGAAGACCGCUAAAACAUGGUUCCACCAGACUCCUACAAGUAAACUUCAAUACUAACGCGACAUGCACACAGACAAAACAAAAUAUUUUGACAAAUCAAAUAUCUGCAAAUGAAUUCGGCUAUCCAUUCAUUGGAUAAAAUAAUAUACGGCAAUCCCAGCCAAUCCCAUGCGUGUUGCUCGCAGUUUUUUCGCCCCGCUUAUUUGAUCACAGUUUGCGUGGAACCACUUUUUACUGCGCUAAAAAUGUUCCAUAUUAUUUCUGAUUCAUUGUAGUCUUCUAUUCUGUGUUAAAGAAAAUUCACCUUAUUUGUAACAGUAAUAAGAUUGCAAAACCGCAAUACGUGUUACGUUUGUGUUGCAGGAAGUUCAACUUUUUGUGAUAGCAAUAAUAUUCAAUAUCCAUAGUACAAAUGUGGACUAAUUUUGAACAACUUACUUUUAACUUUAAGCAUAAGGUUUAAUAUCGUCCAGCAAACAAACGCCUUAAGAGCUGCUAAUUAAUAACUAAAUAUAAGUAAAAAUAAGAUAUAAUUACAAUGGCAAUACUAACCUUAUUACACUUACAAAUAACGGUGAUGUUUCUAUGACAAAUAGAAAUACUAUAUUCUGUUGUAUUUAAAAGCAAUGGUCCUUUGAAAUGUUUAUACAAAUUUGAUAUUAUUUUGUGCCUUUUUCUGGUCACAAUAACAAUGAUGUCAAAUGUGUAUAUUUAUUUUACUAUUAACUGUAAAGCUCGUUGUGGGCAUUAGGCCAAGGUAUUGGCCAACGUGUUGAUGCCUACUUGACUUAUUUGCACGGCCACCUAUAUUGUUUGUCUAACUGUAUCAAAGGGAAGAUUUUUCGUGUUAAUUAAUUAAUUUUGGUACAUCAAUACGACAAUGUGUAAAUAGCGAAGAAAAUUUUUGGCUAAAAUGAUGGCCCAACUCGUUGCCAAACGUUCACAGCGAGUUUAGAAAGCGCGCGCUACGGUGUUUAGUCCGAUUGAAACUUAAUGACGGCUGUAAAGUUAGCAACAAGCGCAACUACAUUGCGACCUAGAUCUCGUGGCAAUUAGAUGACAUUUACAGGAGGGCGCUGCUAGUGAAAUAAGGAUUAAAUGAGUGCGUAAAAUCUCGUCACGUAGAAUUAAGUCAACAUUUGCAAUAUCUAGGAAGAAGUAUUAGGAAAUAUAAAUGGUGUUUACACCUUCCUAUAUAAGUAAAAAGCCUUAUUUAUACCUUUCUAAAAUUAGUUCCGAUUAAGGUCACGCGCGACAAGAUCUUGUUCGCACGGUAUGUGCAGGUUUCAGCUAUCGUCAAUGACGUCCCACUAUCGUUUACUUCACCCGACAUUUCGUUUACUACGCCGCGACUCGCGCUAACUUCACAGCCGCCAUUUACUUUGAAUUGCACUUAAUUGUAUAGAUUGUAAUUUAUAAGAAUAUUACCUAUUCGGUGCUUAAGUCGACUUUUGACGUAACUGUGAUCUGAAUUACAUUUUAGUAAAAUUUAAAAAGAUCUACUUAUUAUGAAAAGUAAUAAGAAUUAGAAAUAUUUACUGGUUUCUCUCUGAGCACAAUCUACAAGUUUUAACGACGAGAGAUUCUUGUCAUGUCUCUAAUAACCUAUAUGUAUUAUUUUUCGAGAAUAAUAAUUUAUAUUAGAAAGUCUAAAAACUAUUUAUUCGUACAUAUAUAUCAUAAAUUAAAAGGUACCUACUCUAAUUUUGGAAUUAAUAAAAAUACAAUGUGAAUACGAAAACGUAUAUGUUAUUAAUUUACGUACAAAUACAAAUAGUAAGUUUUUUUUUAUGUAUUUCUGCCAGAUGCAUUUUCGUUUUGGUCAGUGUUUCGAUUAUUAAUUAUCAUACGCACCAAAUUAUUAAAAAAUGUUCUAAUUCAGUUUAUUAUUGUAAUAACUAUUUUGUUAGCCUAAUUUAUGAAUGCAAAUCGCCUAGAACAAUAAUAUGAAGUAGUCUAAUAAUAUAAUGCAUUCAGAGCCGUCAAAAAUAUUUAAUAUGUAAUUCGUAGAGCAACUCGGGAGGAAGUAGCCAUAGUUACAUAAUAAAUACAUAGUUAUAUAAUACUAUUCAAAUCAUUAUAAUAUUUGCGGGGCCGGAGGAGGGGGGGGGGGGGGGAUAUGCCCACAAACGCAGUUUAACGUACACGCACAUUAAACAAAACUGUAACUACGACACACACAUAAACAAUGGCAAAGUACAUCGCCAUAUCCUGCACACAUGUAUCAUUUGUAUGCCCAACUCGACUUGGGGAAAGCUGUGUAUGCCUACUCCCCUCCUGACCGCGCAGCCGUGCUGCUCUCUGAAUAAGUCAGUAAGUUACCUUAAUAUUCUAUUUUCAUCACAAAGUACUUAAGAGCUACUAUUACAUUCUUCUUCUUCACUUUUUGUUUUGCUAUUUUACGGCUACCUACUACUAAUCUAAGCAAGCAAUUGACGUCUCUGUCUGCUGAAUUUUAAGCCAAAAAACUGUUUUAUCAAUUUCCAUUUCGAAACACUGGCCCCGACUAGCAUUUAACCGGAAUAAUAUUGCUAUAUACACAAAUAUAUUUUUUUAAUGCGUAUGAAAAGUCGACCCACCGACUUACAGUGAAAUAUAUUGCCAAAAAAUAUAUAAAAGAUUAUAUGAUGUUUGUAUUUAUAAUACUUUUAGAUUUAGUGGUUAAGCGGGUGAGGAAUACGAAAUGUUAUUUUUAAUGUUCACAUUACAUGAAGGAUGUUAAUUGUAAGUAUAAUGUCAAUGUUGCCCCUGAGCUACAAUUUAAACAAAAUGAAAAACGCAAAAAAAUGUCCUGCUGUUUUUGUGACUUUAAAAAGUGCUAAAGUCUGUGACGCGUCAAUGUAUGGAUCUAUAAUUUUGAACUCCCAAUUUGAUAAAUCUCAUAUAAUUAUUAUUUUAUGUAAGGAGUUCACAAAACGCCGUCUUUAUGAUUACACCAAUAAAACGUGGAGUUUUAUAAAAUUAUAUUUAAUUUAAUUUAUAAUCAUUUUAUCUUUUAUUUUAAACUCCUUAAGUGUGGAAAACUUUUUGAUAUGGUUUUAAUUUAUACUUUUAACUAAUAUUGAAGCUCAACAUUUGUAUUGUCUUACAAAAUGCGGAUUAUUUGAAUCUGUUAAUUUUGAUUGACUAAAAUGUUGAACUAUUCUUUGUUCGUUAAUAUUGAUCAAAAAGAUUUUGUCUCAAAUCAAAAACAAAAAUAAAGAAGGCCAUAAAAUGGCAAAUUAUGUCUAGAACAAUUAAAUAACUUACUAGAACGGCUGCUAUCUAUCGAAAUUCAUAAUAUAAAAAAUGGGCACAAGAAAAUCCUCAACACUUGACGAAUAGUAACGACCGAAGUUUAUAUAAUUACUACUGGUAUAUUUACUCGUACAGAAGAAUUAGUAUGGUUUGUCAUUCAAUCGUGUUGUGUGUUGUGUUAUUCAAUUGUGUUUUCAUUCAAUCACAACACGAAGGAAAUUGACAAAACACAACUUAUAAAAAUAUUUUUUGUUAUUAAACAGUACGCUAAAAUUCUCCAUAUAUUUAUAAAGUAAGGUUGUCGUACAAAAAAGUAAUAUGUAUGUGAUAGAUAACCUGUUUUGUAUUUUAAACUGAUGAGCAUUGAAUCGGUUUUUAAUUAACCUUUGGGUGUAGCUGUGAUGGGAUGUUGAUAGUUAUAUUUUUUUAAAGGAGAAAGUUAUUUUUAGAUGUGAUAUUUUAGAUAAUAUUUUCUUUUAUAUAAAAAUGAGUAUAUAAUAAUGAAAGUUAGACAUAGAUGCCUUGUACUUAUAACGAUAUUUAUUUGUGGCAACACACCUAUGUAAACUUGCUAAGUGUUAAAAAUAAUGUGAAGCAAAGUCCUUAUAAUGCUUUGUUUAUAAAAAUGUAUGCGUAGUGUUGUAGGUAAUUUAUCUUAAAAUAUAUACAAUAAGAUCGAUUCUGCUGCAUGGUUUCUGAAUCAACUACAUAAUUUAAUUUUGUAAAAAUAAUUCAACUUAUUUCGUAUGAGCGUAGUAUGGUAAAUUUUGUAGCAGCACACAAUAAUAACACAACACAGAAGUUAAUCCUUUUAUUCAAAUGACGAAACACCGUCCAGGAAAUAGUGAUGCUGAAUAAUUAUUUGGUUACAUAGCUCUGAAAAGAACUUUCGUGCGAAAUAUUCGCUUCACUCUAUCACUAUCACCGCAUCUCUUCAAGCAGCCGCCGCGGCACGCGGUCAUUCUUUUCAGAUCUAUGUAACCAAAUAAUUAUUCAGCAUCACUAUUUCCUGGACGGUGUUUCGUCAUUUGAAUAAAAGGAUUAACUUUUGUGUUGUGUUAUUAUUGUGUGCUGCUACAAUUUAAAUAAAUAGACUUCGAAUCGUUUUAUAUCUGUUUUGCCAUGUCAUCAUCAACAAUUUUCCGUCCCUUUUCUAUGCCGCAGAGGUGGAAGAGACAGAUUGGACAGUCGAAAAAGUCUGUAAUUAUCUGCUGUAACGGCUUGAAUCGUUGGGCAUGAUUUAGGUAAAUAAAAUAGGUCGAAAACUCGUUAAAAUACAGGCAAUCUGUGCAAGUAAUUUGCACCUUUAUUUUAAUUCUGUCAUACGGUUCAGAAUUGCAUGCAACAGCAUUGGUCCAGUCUGAAUUUUGUAUAAUGACAAAUAAUAACGUAUGCUAAUUAAUAGACUUAAAGUUAAAAUGUAGUAGUGACUUAUGAACACAUUAUUGUCUCAACAAGUUAAUGCUGUCUUUUACUCUAAGUAUAAUAUGUGAAAGAGAUAGCAUGAUUUCAAAAGCCAUAAAAAUCUUGUCAAAGGUUCACACUUUUAGUCAUAAGUGUCCAGUGUAUUUCAGUAAUUGCAUAAUUUUCAUAAUGCUGCAAUGAUAGAAUAUACAAAAAACAUAUAUAGUAUGUAUAUUUUUUUAUCAGAAGGUGUUCAAUUAAUUAGAAAACAAUAGGAACAUACUUAUGUUUUCUUGUCAGUGAUUAGUGUAUGUUACUGUACAUGCUCAUUUUGUAAAUAGCUAAUCGAAGAAAUUUGUUAGUUGUUAUAGUAAUAAAUCGUGUCAAAAGUAUAUUGAAUUUUU